GUACAAACCUCUCAUCUUCACUUCACAAUUAAUUUUAACCAACAAUUCUAUAGCUCCAAUACCUUAGCUCUUCUUUUAAAUUUUAACCAACAAUUCUGAUUUAUUGGUUAUCAAAAAGCUUUAUUGAAAAUGAUGAAACUAGUAUUGAAGGUGGAUAUACAUGAUGACAGAACCAAGCAAAAAGCUAUGAAGACAGUCUCUGGCCUUUCAGGGGUAGAAUCAGUUUCUGUGGACAUGAAAGACAAGAAAUUAACCUUAACUGGAGACACAGAUCCAGUACAUGUACUAAGCAAACUUAGGAAGUGGUGUCAUGCUGAAAUAGUUUCUGUUGGACCUGCAAAAGAUGAAAAGAAGAAAGAAGAACCUAAGCCUGAUGUGAAGAAGGACCAAAUUCAAUUACUUGAAGCCUAUCCUCAUUAUUAUUACAUGCAACAACCACAAUAUAUUCAAUAUUCUUCUGUUUCAAGAGUGGAACAAGAUCCUAUUGGAUGUGUCAUAUGCUGAAUUUUUUAAUACUAUGAAAAGAUAUGUAUUUUCAUAUUAUUUAUUGGAUUUUUAGCUCAUGAUUUUUGUAUUAUUUUUUGAGUGGUUUUUUUUACAAUGGGAGUCAAUGUAUAGUGUUCAAUUGUGCAAACAGAGGGUAGUUAUCUUUAUCUACAAAUUCCAUUGAAAGUAUAAGAAAUACAAACAAUUGCAAGUUCAUAA